AUGGGUCCAGAAUUUUUCUCCUUAUUUCACCUUGAAAGAAACAGAUUCUUAUACCUUACUAUUAUCAUCACCUUUGCACUCAUUUUUGUUUUCCAAUACUUUGAGCUUCCCUACGGUAACAUUCUAGUUCCCUCUAAAUUUCAUGAUGCAGACCCACCAUCUGCAUCUGAUGAUAUCAAUGUAAUAAGCAACCAGUCUUCAAUCACAGUUUUGCCUAAGGAGAAUAAAAAUUCUCUUGUAAAAGUUCAAGAAACAAUGUCAAUUUCAGAAAUGGACAAGUUAUUACUACAAAACUAUGCUUCGUAUCGAUCUGCGAGGCCAAGAUGGUCUUUAGCUGUUGAUCAAGAGCUACUACAAGCUAGACUUGAGAUUGAAAAUGCACCACUUGUAACUGAUCUUGGAAACCUUUAUGCUCCUCUUUUUUGCAAUGUUUCCAUGUUUAAGAGGAGCUAUGAGUUGAUGGAAAAGACUCUCAAAGUGUAUGUAUACACAGAAGGGUCUAAGCCGAUAAUGCAUUCGCCAUAUCUCUUGGGAAUUUACGCUUCUGAGGGGUGGUUCAUGAAGUUGAUGGAAGCUAAUCAAGCAUUUGUUACUAAAGACGCGAAGAAGGCGCACCUGUUUUACUUACCUUUCAGUUCUCGAAGGCUCGAGGUAACGCUGUAUGAUCGGAAUUUACAUGGUCACAGGAACCUAGUGCACUAUCUGAAUAACUAUGUAGACAUGAUUGCGGGAAAGCAUUGGUUUUGGAACAGAACAGAAGGUGCUGAUCAUUUUCUUGUUGCUUGCCAUGAUUGGGCACCUUCAGAAACAAAGCAGCGGAUGGCGAAGUGCAUAAGAUCUCUAUGCAAUGCUGAUCUCAAAGAAGGUUUCAUGUUAGGGAAAGACGUAUCACUUCCCGAAACUUACGUCCAUGCUCAGAAUCGGACCAUAAACCUCGGUGGAAAACCACUUUCAGAGAGGAAAACUCUUGCCUUUUUCGCAGGCGGUAUGCAUGGCUACGUCCGUCCGAUUCUUCUACAGCAUUGGGAAAACAAAGAUCCUGAUAUGAAAAUCUUCGGUAUGAUGCCAAAGUCAGAAGGAGACAGGAACUACAUCCAGUACAUGAAAAGUAGCAGGUACUGUAUAUGUCCAAAGGGAUAUGAAGUUAACAGUCCGAGAGUUGUCGAGGCUAUCGUCUACGAAUGUGUUCCGGUUAUUAUAUCGGACAAUUUCGUGCCGCCUUUUUUCGAGGUUCUGAAUUGGGAAUCAUUUGCUGUAUUUGUUUUGGAGAGGGACAUUCCAAAUUUGAAGAGUAUUCUUGUUUCCAUUCCAAAAAAGAGGUAUCUUGAAAUGCAGAUGAGAGUGAAAAAAGUGCAACAGCAUUUUCUUUGGCAUAGAAGUCCUGUUAAGUAUGAUAUAUUUCAUAUGAUACUUCAUUCCAUUUGGUACAAUAGAGUAUUCACUGCUAGCUAG